UUCUCUUUUGCCAUGGCUCCGGACACAGGUCCAUUUGCUGAAGGGCCACUCUUAAAACUGCUACCCGUGGACCCUGGGGACCAGGGCACCCAACGCUGUCGCCUGGGCCCAGCUGCCCUCCGCUCCUUGGGCGCGCACCUGGGCUCAGUGGUGAAGAUCUCCCUGCCUAAUGGCGGCUCUUGCCUCUGCACCUCCUGGCCGCGGCGGGACAGAGCAGACGGCUUUGUGCAAUUGGAUCUGCAGUGCGCGAGCCCAGGGGCUGCUAUGGGAGAUCCGGGGGCCCGGGGGAGUCUCAGCCUGAGCUGCCUCCGUUUAGUGCCCUGCCCACCGCUUCGGCGCCUCGCGGUGUGGCCGGCGUUGCGGGAACGGGCAGGCGCGCCGGAUUCCCCAAAUCCGGCCGCGGUGCUGGAGGCGGCCCAGGAGCUGUUGAGGAACCGUCCAGUCUCUCUGGGCCACGUGGUCGCUGCUCCUCCGGGCACGCCCGGCCCGGUGGCAGCCCUGCACAUCGUGAGCGGGGCGCCAAGCCCCGAUCCGGCGGGCCUGGUCACCCCUCGCACCCACAUCGGUCUCAGCGGAGUGCCUCCAUCGGAAUCGGAGCCGCCGCCCGAGGUGCCCCUCGGGGGCCUUGCGGAGGCGGCCGACUCGCUGCGGGAGCUCCUCCGCCUGCCGCUCCUCUACCCCCGCUCCUUUGCCUCCCUUGGGUUAGCAGUGCCCCGCGGUGUGCUCCUGGCUGGCCCCCCCGGAGUGGGCAAGACCCAGCUCGUGCGGGCAGUGGCCCGGGAGGCGGGCGCAGAGCUGCUGGCAGUGAGCGCUCCCGCGCUGCAGGGCGCCCGGCCGGGGGAGACCGAGGAGAACGUGCGGCGGGUCUUCCAGCGCGCCCAGGAGCUGGCCGGCCGCCGGCCCACCCUUCUCUUCUUGGAUGAGGUGGACGCCCUAUGUCCUCGGCGGGGCGGCCCACACCAAGCCCCCGAGAGUCGCGUGGUGGCCCAGGUGUUGACAUUGCUAGACGGCAUCAGUGGGGACCGCGAGGUGGUGGUUGUUGGAUCGACCAACCGGCCGGACGCGCUAGACCCAGCGCUGCGCAGACCUGGAAGAUUUGACAGAGAGGUUGUCAUUGGGACUCCCACACUUGGACAAAGAAAGGCGAUUCUGCAAGUGAUUACCUCAAAGAUGCCCAUCUCCAGUCAGGUGGAUUUGAGCCUCCUUGCAGAAAUGACAGUUGGCUACGUUGGUGCAGACCUGACAGCACUCUGUAGGGAGGCUGCCAUGCAUGCUCUGCUUCAUAGUGGGAAGAACCAGGACAAUCCAUUGAUUGAUGAAAUAGACUUCCUCGAAGCUUUUAAGAAGAUCCAACCCUCAUCAUUUCGAAGUGUCAUUGGACUGAUGGACGUCAAGCCUAUUACCUGGGAGCAGAUUGGUGGCCUUGAAGAUGCAAAACGGAAGUUAAAACAGAGCAUUGAAUGGCCUUUGAAAUUCCCUCGGGAAUUUGUCAGGAUGGGCCUGACACAACCAAAGGGAGUUCUCCUGUAUGGCCCGCCUGGGUGUGCUAAAACCACCUUGGUGAGGGCCCUGGCCACCAGCUGUCAUUGCUCUUUUGUUUCAGUGAGCGGGGCUGAUCUCUUUUCACCUUUCGUUGGAGAUUCAGAAAAAAUCUUAUCUCAGGUAUUUCAACAAGCAAGAGCCAAUACUCCAGCAGUUGUAUUUUUGGAUGAAAUUGAUUCAAUCUUGGGCUCUCGAUCAAUCAGCAAAACAGGAUGUAAUGUUCAAGAGCGUGUUCUUUCUGUUCUCCUAAAUGAAUUAGAUGGUGUUGGACUGAAGACUAUAGAGAGAAGAGGAAGUAAAUCAGAUCAACAUGAAUUUCAAGAAGUUUUUAAUAGCAACGUCAUGAUUGUUGCAGCAACAAAUAGACCUGAUGUGUUAGAUGAUGCCCUGUUACGGCCUGGAAGAUUAGAUAAGAUUAUUUAUAUUCCACCUCCAGAUGAAAAGAGCAGACUUUCUAUUCUGAGAGUGUGUACAAAAAACAUGCCAGUGGGGCCUGAUGUUUCCUUAGAAAAUCUCGCAGCAGAAACCUGUCUUUUCUCUGGAGCUGAUCUUGGAAACCUCUGCAAAGAAGCCGCCUUGCUAGCUCUGCAAGAAAACGGACUAGAAGCAACCACAGUGAAACAAGAACACUUUCUAAAAUCACUGAAGACUGUAAAACCGUCCUUAAGUCACAAGGAUUUGGCUUUAUAUAAAAACUUAUUUCAGAAACAAGGAUUUUCUUAUAUAGAAGAUACUUAAAAAUUAUUUAUAUACCUGCUCAAGGAUUAACUGAAAUGUGAGCUUGCACUAUAGUUUGCAGCUUCACAAUGUGUUUGUUAUUUCCUAUAAACAAAAAAAUUUGUGCCUGAUAAGCUAGAAUUUCAUACUCAAAAAUUGAAUGAAUAGUACAAAGAACUCUUUGUUUAAGUUUUGUUGAAGUAUAGUUGACUUAUGUUUUAUUAGUUUUAGGUGUAUAGCAAAGUGACUGAGUUUUAUGUAUAUAUAUAUAUAACUGAUUUAUAUAUAUAUAUCUCUGUUCUUUUUUCCCCAUGAUGAGUUAUUACAGGAUAUUGAGCAGAUUGUGUAAAGACCUAUAUAAUAGGUUCUUGCCAGUUGUCUAUUCUAUAUGUAGUAGUGUAUAUAUGCCAAUGCCCCCCUCC